UUACAGACACUAAACUGCUCGUGAACGCGUGAAGAUUUACCAUUGACUUUGUCGCGUUUAUUUUUGAGACUAUGAUGAUACAACGGGAACAAUUAAGCUGGCCCUAAGAAGGGACCCUGAGACAUCUCAGUCAACGCUUGGUCUUCCAUGUCAUUGAGGGAAAGUUUAGGGAUCACCGGGCAGGUGCCCUGUGCCUUAGCAAUUGGAAGUGACGGCAGCUGAUGAACACAUUUUCCUCAUCUCUACUGUCUCCUUUAACCAGCCGAGUGGAAUGAGGUUGGAGGGGAGCCUGCAGCUUGUUCUGCUUUUGGCCUUGACCUGGAGGGCCACGGGCCUCAGAAUUCCUCUGGAAGUGGAGCAGCCUCCAACCAUAGUCAAUCAUACUUUGGGUCCCAUUAUUGCACUUCCCUUUGACAACACCAUCACCGUGAGGUGCCAGGCCAUCGGCAACCCACCACCAGAAUAUAGAUGGACAAAAGAUGGUCAAGCCUUUUUCCCUUCAAACUCCUCAAAAAUCAGACCAGACCAGAAAAAUGGCACUUUUGUGCUUCACAAGAAGGACCUCUUCCAAUUCCAGGGAAAAUACAAAUGCUUUGCUUCUAACAAGCUGGGAACUUCCAUGACGGAGGAGAUUGAAAUCCUAGUUCCCAGUAUCCCUAAGUUUCCGAAGGAAACGCUUAAUCCAUUUGUUGUUAAGGAGGGAGAGCCUAUCAUCCUGAAGUGUAACCCUCCAGAGGGUGUGGCGCCACGUCAGAUCUACUGGAUGUCUCUCGAUCUCCAACACAUUGAGCAGGAUGAGAGGGUUUCCAUGGGAACUGAUGGCAACCUGUACUUCUCUAAUGCCUUGCAGAAAGACAGUCGUCCAGACUACUGUUGCUUUGCCGCCUUCCCAACGAUACGCACCAUCGUCCAGAAAACUGCAAUGGCCGUCGUAGUCCAGAGCUUAAAAACCGACAAUGGAUCCUCCGACAGCGGUGAAGUGGCUGAAGCCCCCCCAGUGAGAAUACCCAGCCUGCUGCUGCCCUCUGGUGUUCAGACAUUGAAGGUGUUUCUGAAGGGAGAAGCUGUGCAGCUUGAAUGUAUUCCAGAAGGAUAUCCAACUCCGAACGUAACGUGGAUGAAAAUGGGAGGCAACAUGAUGGGCCGGGUGAAACUGAGCAACUUUCAAAGGCUGCUGAGCAUUCCCGCUGUGGAAGAAAGGGAUCAGGGGAAAUACAUGUGUACAGCUGAAAACUCUGCUGGGAAGGCCGUCCACUACUUUGAUGUCAUAGUGGAAGAGCCACCAAAGUGGCUGACAGAGCCUCCCCGGAGCCAGCUGACCGUCAGCGGGUCUGAUGUUCACAUCAAGUGCUCCGUCAGUGGAAAGCCACCGCCGGUCAUCACUUGGAGGAGGAAUGGAGAAAUUAUGAGAGACGACGACUCGAACAGGCGAGUGCUGGAAGACACCGUGGUUCUUCAUAACGUGAGGCCAGAGGACAGUUCUGUCUACCAGUGCGAAGCGUCCAACGUCCACGGCAGUCUUCUGGCCAACGUGAACAUCUUGGUCAUCAACAUGGCUCCUCUCAUCCUGACAAGAGACUACCAGGAGUACGCUGUGGUGCUCGGUGAAGAUGUUCACAUGAACUGCAGCGUUUUCAGCUCUCCACCUUCCAGCAUCUCUUGGUCCAAAGAUGACGUUGCUCUUGAGGGAGAACGGUUUUUCGCUCUGGAAAGUGAGCAGUCCCUGAAAAUCAUUAGCACAGAGAAAGCUGACAGUGGGAAAUAUGUGUGCGUCGCCAACAACACGGAGGGCACGUCGGCUGUCACCGCUGUGCUGGAUGUGAAAGACCCGACCAAAAUAGUCGGCCCACCUCAGGACCUGCAGGUCGUCAGCGGAACCUCAGCCCAGCUCAUGUGCGAGGCCAAGUACGAUAAAACUCUGCGGGGCACCUUUGAGGUUGUGUGGAAGAAAGACGGGGAGGAGAUCCCACUUUUCUUUGAGGAAAAUUCCAGAUACUUUGUGGACGACGACAUGCUGCAGAUCCUGAACGUGAACCUCAGUGAUCAGGGAGUUUACACCUGCAUCGCUCGAACGAGCCUGGAUGAAGACGCUGCCACCGCGCUGCUCACAGUACUGGAUGUUCCUGAUGCUCCAACAAAUUUAGAAAUUUCAGAAAAUGGCAAUCCGCGUAACAUCAGUCUGUCUUGGAUUCCUGGAAGCGAUCAUAACAGCUCCGUAACAGAAUUCGUAGUGGAGUACGAGGAGAGCAAAUGGGAGCCCGGAAGGUGGAAGGAGCUGCAGAAAGUAGUCGGUAACCAGGCAACAGCCGAGCUGGCGCUACACGGACACCUUAACUACCAGUUCAGAGUGUAUGCCGUUAAUGCCGUGGGACCCGGACCCCCCAGUGAGCCCACGAGGAGACACGAAACACCUCCUGCUCCUCCUGAAAGGAACCCAGAAAACGUCAAAAUCCAAGGUCACCUUCCAUAUCAGAUGGACAUAAGCUGGGAGCCGCUGCUGCCCAUCGAACACAACGGCCCAGGCCUUGAGUACAAGGUGAGCUACCGCAAGCUGGGGGUGGAGGACGAGUGGAGGGAGCACAUGGUGAAAAGGCACUCGUUCGUCGUGAGGAACACGUCGACGUUCGUCCCCUAUGAGAUCAAAAUUCAGAGCAGGAACAGCGACGGCUGGGGUCCGGAGCCGAAGGUGGUCACUGGGUACUCCGGAGAGGACGUCCCGACUGCGGCGCCGCGGGACAUUGCCGUGGAGGUGAUCAACACCACUAUUCUGAGAGUGAGCUGGACCCAGGUCCCAUACGCCACAGUGCGGGGUCAUCUGGGGGGCUAUUAUGUUCACUGGGUACGGGGGAAAAGUCUGCUGAAUCCCAACAAGGUUUUAGACGAGCACCACGCCAUGUCUUUCCCCGGGAAGAGGAGUCAUGCCAUUGUGCCGGGCCUUGAACCGUUCUCCGAGUACAAACUCACUGUCAACGUUUUCAACAACAAGGGCAACGGCCCCAAGAGUGAUCCGGUCACCUUCAGUACUCCGGAGGGAGUUCCACAGCAAGUGCCCAUCCUGACCGCCUCCGACCCCCAUAAAGACUCCAUUCGGCUGGUGUGGGGGCCACCGCUGGAGGCUAAUGGCGUCCUCUCUGGUUAUCACCUGCAGUACCAUCUCAUUAAUGAGACCUCGCUGGAGGUGUUACAUUCUCAAGAGGUGAACAUCAGCGGGCCUGACACCACUCAGUGGCAACUUUGGGGACUAAAGGAGGGCAGCCUCUACCGAUUCCACCUCAGUGCGUGCACUCAGGCUGGCUGUGGACCUGCGCAGGCUGAGGAGAGCAGGACUGUGACUGCAGAAGAUUUGUCCCCGACUCCAGCUGCGGCCCCUGUUCAGAGCAGCCACAACUGCUCCCAUUCAGUUCCCAGCUCUAUCCCAGGCAAUUCCACUCAUCCUCCUUUAGUUCCAGCCCUGUUGAACGUAAGCUCCUAUGUGAGUGACACCUUUGCCAAAAUCAGCUGGACUGCCAGAGAAGAACAGCGGGGCUGGAAGCUUUAUGUGGCUUAUAUGAAUAACCGUGAUGGUAACUGGCGGAUUUCAGAGGCUAUAAACUCCUCUCAGAGCUCCUACGUUAUCGACGGGCUCGAACCCGGGACGGCGUACACUGUGCGCCUCAUGGUCAAGAGCCUGCUUGAUAACGCUAGCGUUUUCGAAGAGGUUAUCCAGACGAGAGCCACAGGUGUGGCCAGUCAGGGGAGCGACUUCUCCACUCAGCGCUGGUUCAUUGGGACCAUGUGUGCCGUGGCGCUGCUCACCCUCAUCGCCCUCAUGGCCUGCUUUGUCCGGAAAAACAAAGGCGGCAAGUAUGCAGGUACGCCGCCGCCCCAGCGACAAGACAUGUUCUCCAUGGAAAAAGUGAAAGAGAAAGAGGAUCUCCACCCCGACUUGGAGUCGCAAGAAAUGAAUGAUGAUACUUUCAAUGAAUACAGUGACAGCGACGAGAAGCCGCUGAAGGGCAGCAGCCAGUGCUCCCUGAACGGAGACGACACGGCCGGGGACAGCGUCAGCAGGGACAGCCUGGUGGACUACGCGGACGGCGGCGGAGAAUUCAAUGAGGACGGCUCAUUUAUCGGGGAAUAUUCAGGACGCAAGCAGAGAGGCUCGGUGAGCGAGCCCAGUGGACCCGGCCCCGUCAGAGCGUGAAGCACGGCUCCAAUCGAAACGCUCGACUUUAAAUCCUUUCAAGACACAUAUUUUAAAUUCAGCCUCCCCGACAUUAAAUAUAGCACGAAUAGACGGAUACAGGCGAUGACUUGAAUAUCGAUGAAAGUUUUAUAGCAGGAAGAAGUUUGGCAAACACCUGUAAAGAAGUUCAACUACUACACUGUAAAAGAAAGAAUGAUGUUGUUUUUUAAUGAUUUUAAUAACGAUGAAAUGCUUUUGUACCUAUCAGCCACUAUCGUCAGCAAUGUACAUUGAUUUUUAUCAAAAAGUAAAAGAUCAAAAAUGAUUCUACAAAGUGAAAAUCUCUGAUGACAGAUGUAUUUUUGUAUACACUACACAUGAAAAUACAUGCAGGUGCAUUUCUAAACUUGAAUAUCGGUUAUUUCUACACUCAUAUCCUAUGAAAUAAAAAGUUUAAAGCAUUUUUUUUAAUUCCUCAAUGUGAUCGAAUGGACAAAUAGGGAAAAAAAAACUGUUUGCUCCUUUAAAGUUAAAUUUUUUUGCAGAUUUUAUGUUUUUAAUUUAAUGACUUCGAGGUUAGAUUUAAAGAAUGAAACAAGAAAGGCUUGACAUAUUUAAGUUAAUGUGUGGCAAAUGUGAAUUAUGUGGAAAUUUUACUGUUUGGGAAAAAUGAUCUGAUGUUUGAGAUGCACCUGUAUAUAUACAGCAAAUAUGAACAUGUGGCAACAGCAUUUUUAUUCUUUGACGCCAUACAGUGUAGAAUACUCUAUUUAUUGAUGACGGAAUCACCUUCACGAUGACCAAUAUGUAGGCAUAAACGUUUUCCUGUCUGUAACUGUGUAUUUUGAUUUAUUUGUUAAUAUGCAAAUGUGUGGAAAUUGAUCAUUUGUAAUUUUUUUAUAAUCAAAUAUGUCAAUGUCCUUUUAUAUCAAUAUAUCAAUCUUUGUUUUCUAAACUUUUUCUUGCCUUUUCUUUCAAACAGGAAGCAGUAUCCUUCAUGCGAAAACAAAUUUGGGCUUCUGUUUAUAAAAAGGCGCUUUGGGAAAGUGUUUACUGGAGUAUUUCUGCCUCCAGCAGGAGGGAUGAAGUGACCAAUAUGUUCCUGCAUUUAUUUCUGGUGUGUAAACAGAAAUACAUUCCUUUAAGGAGCUUCCCAAACGUUUAAUUGGUGAAUAAAGCCUUUACCUUAGGGCCUCUCCUGCGCUGAAGCAGAAUUUUUUUUUUUUUUUAAAGUAGAGCAAUUUCUCAUACUCCUAUUUAUAAGGUUUGUACUUCUUUUUUUUUUUUUUUCUUUUUUAAUCAUGUCCCUUUAUUCUGCUGGCUAUCAAGAGAUGAAUCACUCUAUCCCUUAAGAAUUACCAUGGAAUUGC